UGUGUCCCCAUUUUGAGCGUCUCAUAUUCACUGUAACAAACAAUUGGACUCUUCUGUGACUUGUGGGAGGGUAGUGAAAAUUGAAGGGUGUAAUUUUGAGUCAAUUCUGGUUUUUGGGUUGUUUUCAAGGGUUUUAGAGAAGAGACAAUGCAUCAAUCAAACUUAGGUGCUUUCCUGGACUGCACAACUCCACAGCCCCCCUGUCAAUUUUUAUCAAAGACUGAGAUCAAAAAUCUGAACAGACUAUGGCAUCCUUGGGGGAGUGAAAAGGUUGAUUUCUUUACUCUUAGUGAUCUUUGGAACUGUUAUGAUGAAUGGAGUGCUUAUGGUGCCGGAGUCCCCAUUCGCCUGGACAAUGGAGAGACUCUUGUUCAGUACUAUGUGCCUUAUCUCUCUGCACUUCAGAUUUUUAUCAGCACUCAAUCCUUCAAUUCUCCGAGGGAAGAUGCCGAUUCAACAUCUGAGACGAGGGAUUCUUUUAGCGACUCAUUCAGCGAUGAGAGUGAGAGUGAAAAAUUAUCGAGGUGGGAUGGGUGUUCAUCCGAAGAAGGAGCUUUUGAACAAGAGAACCUCUGGCAUCAAAGUGAUAAGCUGGGUCAUCUUUACUGCCAGUACUUCGAAAAAUUAACUCCUUAUGGAAGGGUACCUCUCAUGGAUAAGGUAAGUGAAUUAUCGCAAAAGUACCCCGGAUUAAUGUCACUAAGAAGUGUAGACCUCUCACCAGCUAGUUGGAUGUCAGUUGCUUGGUACCCAAUAUACCAUAUUCCUAUGGGAAGAACAAUAAAGGAUUUGUCCGCAUGCUUCCUUACAUUCCACACACUCUCAUCUUCUUUUCAAGAUCUUGAUGAAGAAAUGGGGAACACAAAGAGUAAGCAGAAGAAAGAUAAAGGAAUUGCUCUUCCUCCUUUUGGACUGGCCACUUAUAAGAUGCAAGGAGAUGUGUGGGUCAACAACAAGAAUGGAGGGGACCAUGAUAGGCUGAACUCAAUGUUGAGUGUAGCAGAUUCUUGGCUGAAGCAAUUACGGGUCCAGCAUCAUGACUUUAACUACUUCACGGGAAUUCGGCGUGGCUGAUAACAACUGCAGAGUUACAGACUCCUGUAACUCGCUAAAAACCAAACCCCGCGUAAAAAAAUUGACUAUUAGAAGGCAUGUCUUGUUUUUGUGUUCUUGGGAGAGUUGACUGGCCGUGUGACUUGCAAGAGGAUUGUAUAUAGUAGCUGACAACACUCUUUGGUGAGUGUUGACCUCUUCCUCCCUCUGUUUAAAAGUGUUAAAUCUUUUCCUCUCCAUUUUAAUACCUGAACACUUUGUUAUGGAGAAGCUGUGAGAUACUCUAAAGAAGUUCUAAAUACCAGUGUGCUGAGAUAUAUAUAGAUACAUAUAUAGAGUGAGGCCUGGGUUUGUAGCUGUCGGUCUCUGUCAUGGAUGUAGCCAAGUAAUCUGUAUAUGAAAAAUGCUUGCAGACAUUGCAUAAUUGUUUCUUGUUCAAUUACGAAAUUUAGAUGCAUAUACUUCUCCUCAA